AUGCUCGAGUCUGCCGCGACAUCGUUCGCCUCCAUUCUCGUUCUUGCGGCCGGCUUCGCAGUGGCAGGCUACGCUUACCACAAGACGUACAAGCGUAUUGUCCUGAAGAAGAUGACCCGCGCCUUCACGCCGGGUGACCCCGUUCUUGAGCUCGCCGCCAUCGGAAAGGAAGUGCCACAAACCACCGUCGAGGCCGAUGAUCGGUGGGUGCAGCGGCCAGAGCAGGCACGCGUCGACAGAAUCAUCGAUGGCUCAGAGGCUGGGCACUAUUUCUUGCUCAUGGGCGAGAAGGGGACCGGCAAGAGCAGCAUGCUAAUUGAGGCCAUGCGCAAAAUUGACGGCGAAGGCGUGGCCAUGUUUGAGGCCCACGCAGAUUUGGAGAUUGUGCGCAUACGCCUUGGCAAGGCCCUCGACUUUGAAUUCCACGAAGAUUACAUUGGCGGAUACUUCAGCGAACGCGGUCCUCGCGAUACGACGGCUUUAUUGGAUAUCGAACGUGCCCUCAACAAGCUUGAAAAGGUUGCUCUCGUCAACCGGUCUACGCGAAAGAAGCCCCUGGUUGUCAUCAUUAACCAAAUGCACCUGAUACGCGACGACGACGAUGGCAAGGAUCUGAUUGAACUUCUCCAGCAACGUGCCGAACAGUGGGCGGCGUCCAACCUCGUGACAAUGGUCUUCAACACGGAUGACUACUGGGUUUACGAGCGGUUCAAGCAGCUGGCUACGCGGAUGGAGAUCAUGUCGGUGCGCGACCUGCCCAAACGUCAAGCUAUCGCAGCUCUCGCAAAGUACCGCAUCAAGUACUUCAACGAAAAGCUGAGCCCGACGAAACUCGAGGAGGUCUAUGACCUUGUGGGCGGCCGACUAUCGUUCUUGAACCGCGUUGCAAAGAGUAGGGAUAUGAUUGCUACUUGUAAAUCCAUCUGCGCGGUCGAGAAAACAUGGUUCCUCAACCAGUGCUGGAUUCUCGGCGCCGAGAUGGACGACGACGUGAUGGACCAGCAGAAGUGGGCUGCCGGCGCCAUGGUCCUCGCCCAAGCCCUCGUAGAUGAGGAAGAAGACAUGGAGCUUUACGACGACGAGAAGGGCCACAUGUUGCCCAAAUUCCCCAUGCACAAGGCGCAGCAAAUCAUGACGCGCGCCGACUUCAUCCGCAACAUGGACCGGCUCAACCUAUUCAGUAUCGCGGCCAACGCUGACGUCCGCGCCUCAUCUGUGCCCAUGCACCGCGCGUUCCAGGAGAUCUGCGCCGAGAAGAGCUUCAGGGAUCAUCUGGAGGCUACGAUCCAGCGCAUCAGUGACAUUGAGUCGCUCGGCCGCACACGCGAGCUUGUUGCCAAGGACCUGGUCCUCGGUGGCAAGUAUGAGAUCGCUCGCGACGGCAAGAACGGCGUCACUGUCAAACUGAUUGAGGGUGAAGAUCGAGGCAUGUACGUCUGA